GAAUUCGAAAGGCUGCUCACUACUCUGGCGGGUUUUUAAAUGGCUUUAGCUGGAAAAUGUUGAGCUGCUGGAUCUGUUUUGUAUUUAUCUAACUUGGGAUGCCGGGUAACCUUGGGAACUUUGAGGUGAUAGAGCUGUCAAUGUUGAAGAAACAUAUGUUUUUUCCUCUUUCUGGUUUGGGGAAUUUUACUGCUCAGACUUUAUUAUAUCCAUUCGUCUUGCUUCGUACGAGACUCCAACUUCAGGAAGGUGCUCAGGUUUAUCGUGGUCUCGUACACGCAAUUUCUUCUGUUGUCAAAGAAGAGGGUUUUCGAGGAUUGUAUAGUGGCUACUUGGUUCGAUCAUUUCACAUAUUCUCAGGUACUAUCUACGUUUCCACAUAUGAAGUAGCUAGACAAGCAUGUACAGUCUUUCCAGCACUAAGUCCUGUUCAUCGAUCUUUUGUUGGUGGUGCAGUGGCUUCAUGUGUUGCUCAAGGUUUUUUCGUUCCUAUUGAUGUUGUGUCUCAACAUUUAAUGGUUGUGAAUUGUAAUCGUGUUCAUGCAAAUAUGGUUCACAAAAAUUCAAAUCUAUCAUUUAACCAACACUAUUUUCGUCCAUUAACUCCGGUACAUUUAACACAAAAUGAAAUGAAUUCCAAUUGGGGUCGUCUUUGUGGCGUAAUUCGUUAUAUUAAGCAAACUCACGGGUUAAAAGGUUUCUACAAAGGUUGUUUAAUAUCUAUGUGCACUUUUGUGCCUAGUUCGGCAUUGUGGUGGUCGUUUUAUGAUAAAUUUUGUAAUCUGAUCCAUUUUAUUUCAAAGAAAAUGUGUAAGGAACAUGUUCAAGACUCGGUAUUUUUGCCAUCAGAGGAUGAUUCUGCUCCAAUUCCUAGAUUAUUGAUUCAAUUGAUUUCGGCUCCUCUAGCUGGUAUUUCAUCUGCUAUUAUUGUUAAUCCUCUUGAUGUUGUUCGUGUACGAAUGCAGGUUUCGCAUAUACCAUUCAAACAAAGUGUUAUUCAUUUAUGGCAAUUUGAAGGAAUACGUUGGUUUUCCAAAGGUUUAUCCGCUCGUCUUAUCCAGACAACAUUUUAUUCAUUUUGGGUUGUUUUAGUUUAUGAACCUAUGAAAUUAUUUUGUUUAAAAGACGAUUAUCGGAAUAAAUUUUCUAAUGUAUAGAUAGAUGAAAAGAAAAUUAUUGCAUCGUUUUCUUUUCUUUAAUAAUUUACGUAAUAUUUGAUUGUGUUUAUCACUCUAGCAUUAUGGCUACCACUACUAGUACUACUACUACUACCAUUACUAUCAACACACUGUAUGUAUAUAAAUUUUUCCAAAUUGUAUAUAUUUUUCAAUAAACUUAUUUUGAUUGUGAUAUAUACAUAAGUAGUUGAUAAGUAUGUUAUUUAUCAUCUUUCAUAGUUUUGUCUACUGGACCGCCAUGAAAAUGGCGGGUCAAGUCAGUUGUGGGUUCGCGAAACGUUCCGC